GUAAACGUCACAUGAUAAAAGCGGGUGUGAGCGCUUUUCUCUUAAUUUGUAUAUAAAGUGUUCUUAUUCUUAAUAUUUAUGAAACAUUAUUAAAUUAUAUUUUAAAAUUAAAGUCAAUUAUUUAUUAAGUUUUUUCAUUUUUCUUAAGAAUUACAUAUAACAACGAAACAAAAAUAGCACAAUGAGAUACAUUUUGGGUACUACUUUUGCGGGUACUGCUUCAGCAACAAUUCUAGUAUUAGUAUUAUAUCAUCUAUUUACUGGAAAAGGUGAACGUGUUAGUAUUGCAUGGUUUUUAGAAAAUACCUCACCGUAUAUGUGGGCAACUCUUGGUAUUGGACUUGCAGUAGCUUUAUCUGUUGUUGGUGCUGCAUUGGGAAUACAUACAACAGGAGUUUCAAUUAUUGGAGGUGGUGUAAAAGCACCAAGAAUUAAAACAAAAAAUUUAAUUUCGGUAAUAUUUUGUGAAGCUGUAGCUAUUUACGGUUUGAUUACUGCCAUUGUAUUAUCUGGAAUGUUAGAAAAAUUUACUGCUGAAGCUAUUCAGAAAGAAGAAGUUCGUGAUCAAAAUUGGUUUGCUGGUUAUUUAAUGUUUGGAGCAGGCUUAGCUGUUGGUCUUGUUAAUUUAUUUUGUGGUAUAGCUGUUGGCAUUGUUGGUUCUGGUGCAGCCCUUUCUGAUGCAGCGAAUUCUGCUCUUUUUGUUAAAAUUCUUAUUGUAGAAAUCUUUGGUUCUGCCAUUGGACUUUUUGGAUUAAUUGUUGGAAUUUAUAUGACAUCUAAAGUAAAGAUGGGAAAUAAAGUAUAAAUUUAAAAUAAAUAGUAAUAUUACAUAAUAUCCAUAAAAUAUUUUUUAGAUUCAUUAUCUUUCACCACUUAGUGAUGAUUAAAAUAAAAAUAUAAAAAUAAAAAUAAUUAUUGUUUAAAUCAAUUUAAAAUUUGUUAUAUAAGAUUAAUAUUUUGUUUUUAUAUUGAACAAAUAUAUAUAGUUUUAUUAUGUAUAAAUUUUAAUUAUUAAUUUGAAUAAUUUUCACAACUUUUGGUUAUAAAGAUUUUUGUGUAUAAAUAAUUAUUUUUAAUAUUAUAAAAUUCGUUAUUUCAAUAGAAUCUUUUAUUUAAAAUAUUUUGAGUAUGACCAUAACACAUUCUUUCUUGAAUGCUUUUCUAUUGUAUAUAUAUUUUUUAACUAUAGCAUUAUAUGAAAUAAAUAUGAUAUGAUAUGAUAUAUGUUUCAUAUAUAUAUAAAAUAUACUAUGUAUAAUAUUAUUUAUGAAUUGAUUUUUUUAUUAGAUAAUAUAAAAAAAAGUUCUUUAAUAAAAAUAUAAAAAUUCUUAACAAAUAUUAUAUAUAAAGUCAAAGCUUAUAUAUAUAUAUAUAUGUAUGUAUAUAUAUAUAAUCAACAGUAUUAGAGAAAAAUUCUUGUUAUCCUUGCUAUCUAAUAAUUUAUAUCUAAUGAUUAUAUAUGAUACUAUCAUUUUCCAUAAACCAUUAUAGAAUGAAUAUUUUUAAAUGCUUUCUCUAAGCAUUUUACAUAUUCACUAGCAUUGCUGUUACUUUUAUAACUUGUCACAAUAGUUCCCAAUUUUUUAUCUUGUAUCAUGUAUCUAAACAUUAAAAUGAUUGUUAUAUAUAGAUAAAAUAUUUAAAACUAUAUAUGUUAUCAAAUUGCAAAUGAUAUAUUUGUAAAAAUAAUAAAGAAAACUCACCCAA